AUGCGCCUCGCCUUCUUUUCUCCUACACUAGCACGCAGCAGCAACAGCAGCAGCAGCAACAGCAGCAGAUGCAGCAGCAGGUACAGCAGAUGCAGUAGAUGCAGCAGCAGCAGGCGCUGGUUCUGCAGCAGCAGCAGCAGCAGCAGCUCCUGUUUAUUAAAGCCUCCACAAAGGGAAGCAGCUGUGCAUGCAAUCAAAACAACACAAACUUCAGCUGUACGUACACCUGCGAAGACACCCGAAGUUUUUUCUCCUGAAAAUUUUGUAAGCGCAGGGCACAAAGCCUGGCUCAGCUGUCUAGAGGGUCUAGCAGCAGCAGCAGCAGCAGCAGCAGCUAAUCGAACAGCAGAAGCAGCAGCAGCAGCAGCAAACCAUCCAACACGAAAGCCUUGCAACCCAACAGCAGCAGGACAGGUAGCAGCAACAGAUGCAGCACCAGCAGUAGCAGUAGAAGCAUCAGCAGGUGGAGCAACAGCAGCAACAGCAGCAGCAGCAGCAGCAGCAGCAGGAACGCAUGCAGCUAGCUUUGGGGGGUUUGGUUGGGGUCCUCGUUGUCUUCCUGCUGAUCUGCUUCUCUGGAGGGCGCAGCAGCGGCUGCUGCUGCUGUCUGCUGCUGAUAUCGUGCGUGCUGCUGCUGCGCUGCAGCAGCUAGGACUCAGGAUCUGUCCCUCAGCAACAAGACACAGCAGCAGCAGCAACAGCAGCAGCAGCAACAGCGGGGAUGAUGUAGCGGUGCUGCUGCUGCAGCAGCUGCACAGACACCUCAAGAAGAGACUGCGCUGUUUGUCUCUCCUACAGAUUGCUGCAGCAGCAAAAGCAUUUUCCUCGUGGAGCUUUACGGGGACAGCAGCAGCAGCAGCAGCAGCAACAGCAACAGCAGCAGCAACAGAAGCAGCACAAUGGCAGCAGCAGCAGCAACAACAGCAGCAGCAGCAAAUAGAUGCAGUCGCUCUACAGGUCUCUGUUUUUGAGUUGCUGCUUGCCUCUGCUGCAGCACAGCUUACCUCUCUUGCACGCCAGCAGCAGCAGCAGCAGCAGCAGCAAAGGGGGUAUAUAAAUCUGGUGCUGCCGCUGCUGCUUGCAUGCGCUCGGCUGCGUCUUACAGAGCUGCGGUGUAUGUACAUGCCUUUGCUGCAGCUGCUGCAGCAGCAAAUACUGCAGACACGUUCACUGCUGCAGCUGGCAUCGCUGCUGCACUGCAUCACGCAUUUGCUGCUAAUAGAUUCUCCGGUGUAUAGGCAGCUGCUGCUGCUGCUCUCUAACUGGGAUACCUUUGACUUGCUGCUGCAGCAAGAGCAGCAAAAUGCUGCUGCUCUCGUCGCAUUAGGACAACUCGCGCUGUCUUGUGUUGCAUUCGCCCCCUGGCAGCUUAAGGCCUUUGAGGAACUGCAGCAGCAGCAGCAGCAGCAGCAGGAGCGGGGAUGGAGUGAGGAUGACUGCAGCAGCAGCAGCAGCUGCUGCUGCAGCAGCAGCAGCAGCAGCUUGUGGGAGCUGCAUGAUAUGGUACUAAUGAACGUCUUCAGGGCGGCCUCAUUGUAUAUACACUGGCGAUCAGACCCUGCAGCAGCAGCAGCAGCAGCAGCAGCAGCAGCAAGUGAAAAAGAAGCAGCAGCAGCACCACCAGCAGAUUUGCCUCCAUCCCUAACCUCAGCAGCAGAAGGAUCAGUAGCAGCAGGAGGAGCAGCAGCAUCUGCAUCUGCUCCUCCCGCAGCAGGAGCAGGAGCAGCAGCAGGAGCAGGAGCAGCAGCAACAGCAGGAGCAGCAGCAGCAGCAGCAGAAGCAGCAGCAGCAGCAGCAGGAGCAGCAGCAGCAAACUUGCUGCACGUAGGCAGCGUAAGAAGGCCCAGGCGUUCUUUGGGGCCCCCCUCGGCGUUUCUGCUGCAGCAGCUGCAAAUAGCAGCAUUAGCUGUCUCUUUAGAGAGGCAGCACCUCAUAAGGACAGCAGCAGCAGCAGCAAACGACGCAGGAGCAGCAGCAGCAGCAGCAGCAAGCGGCGGCGACGGUUUGCUGCUUGAGGGGCGUCAAGGGCCCGUGCAGCUGCUGCUGCAGCUGCGGGAAAUGAUUCAAACGGAAGGACAGCAGACCCUCCGCAUCUUGUCCAGCAGCAGCAACAGCAGCAGCAGCAGCAGCAGCGAGCAGCACCAGGAAGUUGCUGCUGCACUGCAUGCACUGGGGCUGAAGGUGCACACAGAAAGAGGUGUGGGGCCCUACAGAGCAGAUUUGCUGCUGCAGGACAUCGGCUGUCUUAUAGAGGUAGACGGCCCUCCGCACUUCAUUAAUCAACCCAAAUGCUGCAGCAGCAGCAGCAGCAGCAGCAGCAACAGCAGCAGCAGUAGCAGCAGCGGUAGCAGUAGUAGUAACAGCGCGUCUUUGAGGUGUAAGCAUGGCUGCGGUAUUUGGGGCCUCUCAACAGCAGCAACAGCACCAACAACAGCAGCAGCAACAGCAGCAUCUUUAAAGACUUAUUCUGUGAAGAGCUGUUUAAAACAUCGGCUGCUGCAUGCUAGCGGCUUCUGUGUUAUUCAUAUUGCUUGGGACGACUGGGCAGCAGCAGAAAAAAACAAACAAAUACAAACCCUAACUUAUAUCAUCAAACAAAUAAAGAAGCAGCAGCAGCAGCAGCAGCAGCAAGUAGAACAGCAGCAGCAGCAGCAGCAGCAGCAGGGGUGGGGAAAGCUGUACAUACACCCCGAGGCAGAGCUGUUGAACAGAUAA